AUGGUGCAGGAGACAAACAAGGCCAUCAAGACCGGUGGAGACGACCUCGACGAUGGUCUUGACUACGACCAAGACCUCCUGGCCGACUCUGACGCUGAAGACGUUGCCUCUGAGGCCGGCUCGGAGAUUGGCGAUGAGCAAGAGGAUGUCCGAGAUGGGGGAGCUCCCCAAUACGUGAUCGAGGGUGAAGAGACAGAAAUCUCUAUGAGCCCGGUGAUUGAAGGCAAGAAACGAAAGCUGGAAGAAGAUGAGACGGUAGAUGCGCCGGCAGCUGCGGACGACGAACAGGCCAAAGCGGCGGACAAGAAGAGGCGAAAGAAGGAGAAAGAGAAGGAGAGGAAGCAGAAGAAACGCCAGAAUGCCGAUAAAGUUUCUGGUGCAUCCAGCGCCCCCACCCAUCUCGCCAAAGAAGACCUUUCAGCCAUCCUCCUGCGCUCGAUCCGCGAGUCGUAUCCGUCAGGGACUGCCAUGGAGAUUGAAGACAUCAUCAUCCCCCAAGACAACAUCCUUCCCCCACCAUCAUAUCCCGCGCCCAUAGCCAACCCCAGCAAUCCUUUCAAGCCCCUGCAACAGAAGCUUGAUACCCUUAUCGAGAACAAGAAGGCACCCAAGAGCAAUGGUACACCAAAGGUCAUCAUACUGGCCCUUAGUGGAUUGAGAUGUGCCGAUGUGGUGAGGGCUGUGCGGGAUGUCAAGGGUGAGGGAGAAGUUGUAAAGCUCUUCGCCAAACACUUCAAGGUGGCCGACCAGGUCAACUACCUCGCCCGAACAAAAGUUUCCAUUGCUGUGGGGACCCCAUCCCGUGUGGGCAAACUCCUUGCUGAAGGGGCGCUCAAAAUCACAAAACACACCACCCUGCUCCUCGACAUCUCCCACCAAGACUCCAAAACACGCACUAUCCUUACUCUUCCCGAAGUACGAGACGAGCUUUGGAAAUCUGUUUUCGGAGGAGAGGGUAGGAAGAAGCUGCUGGAGAAUGGUGCAAAGGUUGGGGCUUUCUAA